AUGUUUAAUGUUUCUAAUUUGGAACGAUUGAAAAUAGAACCUUCCAUGUUUCCUACUUUGAUUGCUGUUGCACAGGUGCUGGAAAGAGGGGACAACAAUGUUACAAAUCUUGAGUCAUCUUUAUCUAAAGCUGCAAAUCUAUCCAUGGUGCAAUCUUUGGUUACACUUCACCAAGCAGCAUUUCCACAAAAUUACUCAACGACUUCUGGUGAGCAAAUGCAAGCGGUGAAAGAAGAGAAUCGUCAAAAGCGUUCAAGGACUUCAAGUGUGCAAAUGCAACCGGUGAAAGAAGAGAAUAGUCAAAAGCGUUCAAGGACUCCAACGGAACAAAAGAAUCCAAUCUCAAUGUCUUCAAAUGUGCAAAUGCCACAAAUAAAACAAGAGAAUUCAUAUUCAGAGAAGAAUCGUUUGAUUAACUUGGAUUAG